CGCAGCCCGCGCGAGUCGACGCUUCCCGCCGAAACGAGAUUUGAAUUUCGAACGCGAAAGCCAUUUUGAAUUUUGUAACGCGCGUAUUCAAGUUGUGUCAUUUUUAUUUUAUUUUUAAUUGUGCAUUGGAUACGUUCUGCGUGUGGUGUGAAUGAUGUGAAUAGAAACAGUUGUGUUUAGGAAUAAACUGGACACUAAAUAAAUUCUUUGUGUACCCACAGGAUGGGGAGUUUCGAUUUAAGGAGUUGUCCUUCUAUUUUUAAAAUGGAGACAACGUUAUGGUUAUCAGUAAUAUUAGCAGUCCUCUCAUUAUCAACACCAACGUCCUUCGGCGAGCCGCGCGUGGUCUGCUACUACACCAACUGGUCGGUGUACCGGCCCGGCACGGCGCGGUUCAACCCACAGAACAUCAACCCAUACCUCUGCACGCAUCUCAUCUACGCCUUCGGAGGUUUCACUAAGGACAACACGCUCAAACCGUUUGACAAGUACCAGGAUAUUGAGAAAGGUGGCUAUGCCAAGUUCACUGGGCUGAAGACGUACAACAAGGAGCUGAAGACGAUGCUGGCCAUCGGCGGGUGGAACGAGGGGUCCUCGCGGUUCUCCCCCAUGGUCGGCUCCAGAGAUAGGAGGAAGGAAUUCGUCAGGAAUGCUAUUAAGUUCCUCAGACAAAACCGGUUCGACGGGCUCGAUUUGGACUGGGAGUACCCUUCUUUCCGCGACGGAGGCAAGCCCAAGGACCGAGAGAACUACGCCAAGCUAGUGCGAGAGUUGCGGGAGGAGUUCGAGAGGGAAGCAGAGAAGACCGGCAAGCCUCGCCUGCUGCUCACCAUGGCGGUACCGGCUGGAAUAGAAUACAUACAGAAGGGAUAUGACGUGGAGACUUUGAAUCGGUAUUUGGAUUGGAUGAACCUGUUAACGUAUGACUACCACUCCGCAUUCGAGCCGGCAGUCAACCACCACGCGCCUCUCUACCCGCUCGAGGAACCCAACGAAUACAGUGUUGACACUGAACUUAACAUUGACUACACAAUAAAAUUCUAUCUGGAGAACGGCGCGGAUCGGAACAAACUCGUCCUGGGUAUUCCGACGUACGGACGGUCGUACACGUUGUUCAACGCGGAUGCUGUGGAGAUCGGCUCUCCCGCCGACGGACCAGGAGAGCAGGGAGACGCUACGAAGGAGAAGGGAUACUUGGCUUACUAUGAGAUUUGCGAAUCAGUAAAACCGAAGAAGAGGAAGCGUGAGACGUACUCCGACGAGGAUUCCGAAGAAUACUCUGAGUCAGAAGAAGAGGAGGAGGACGAAGAGUGGACGGUGAUGCACCCCAACCCCAACGCCAUGGGUCCAGUGGCAUACAAAGGCAACCAGUGGGUCGGAUAUGAUGACAUCGAUAUUGUCAAGAAGAAGGCUGAAUAUGUCGCUGAGAAUGGACUUGGAGGUAUUAUGUUCUGGUCAAUCGAUAACGACGACUUCCGCGGCACAUGUCACGGGAAGCCCUACCCACUCAUCGAGGCAGCCAAGGAGGCCUACAUCGUCAAACUAACAUCUACUGAUAACGCCGUAGCUGAGAAACCAUCUUCGAGCUCACGAUCAGGCGGAAGAAGGAAGCAUCGCCCGAAGACAACCAAAACUACCACGACAACCACCACCACAACUACCACACCCAAACCUACCACUACUAAGAGCAACAAGCGCAAAAACGCAUUAACCAGCAGCACUCCCUCGUGGAACAUUAUCACUCCUGAACCACCCACCACGCCAGACCCCGGAUCAGACUUCAAAUGCAAGGACGAAGGUUUUUACCCACAUCCUCGGGACUGCAAGAAGUACUUCUGGUGUUUGGACUCCGGGCCGUCAAACCUUGGCAUUGUUGCUCACCAGUUCACUUGUCCGUCUGGUUUAUACUUCAACAAGGCGGCAGACUCGUGCGACUUCGCCCGCAACGUGCUCUGCAAGCAACCCGCUGCCACCACUAAAGCUCCGACCAAGCCUACCACCAGAACCACUCCUACUACAACCACCACUACCACCACGACGACCAGGAAGCCGUUGAGGAUCAGUACCAGAAACUCAGUAUUGUUUAGGACAACUACUACUACUACAACGACGCCUGAACCUGAGCCAGAGGAAGAGGAAGAAGAACAAACCGGAGAUUCGAUCGAUGAUGCUGAGGACCCCAAGGUUAUUAAGGAGUUGAUUGAUCUCAUUAAGAAAGUUGGUGGUAUCGAACAACUUGAGAAGCAGCUCCAUCUAUCGGAGUCGCCGCAACCUUCAACUUCCGACGGCAUCGUCACAACCACGCCCUCCGCUUUCAACAAGAAGCUGUAUCAGAAGGUGCUUGAGAGGACUAGAGGGAAGAACAAGUUUGGUGCCAACAGCAUACUGGAGAAUGCAAUCCAAAACAGUCGACGAGCGCCACAGAACCAAGGAAUCGAACCCGCUUCUGAUAAAGACAAGUUGUUGAGAAAAGAUCGACCACAAUACACAACGAUCAACCGCCAGCGUCCAUCGACUUCUACUCCCGAACCAGAAGAAGAAGAAGAAGAGGAACUGGACGACGUCCAGACUCCGAAGCCGAGGAUUGUAGAAGCGAUCAGUGGCACCACCACCAAGCAAUACGUCAACAUCAGACGAGCCAGACCGACGUCAGAUACUGCUGAUGAUACUGCUUCCAGAAAUGCUUUGUUUGAAAGACAAGAACCCCUGCCUGCAGUAUCUGAGACGCCCAACUCCUUGGACAUACUCAGCGCGAGGAGAGAGAAUGUUCCAGAAUACGUCACCAUCAGGAGACAACGACCCACCACCGAGGAGACUACCACAGUACAAUAUCAAGGCGCAGAACUUGAAGACGAUAGACAACAAACUGCCUUAGAAAAGGAGAUCUCUUCACAACUCCAAUACACUUCCAUACAGAGAACCCGUUCCACCACCAUCCAACCAUCCGAAGAGCCCACCACUCCCGAACCCACCAUCACAAGGACGCGUCCUACUGUACCCUCUUCGGAGGAACCAAGUAGCCCUGAACCAACCACAGUCCUUGCCGUCCAAAUAUCCUCCCUACUUAACUCAUUGAGCUCAGAAGUUGAUACUGUACCGGAAACCACCGCCGCCCAAGCGACGGAACCUGUGCCCACUACGACAACAACACUUUCUACAACAACAACAACAACUACAACUGUUGCUCCAUCAAGCGCUCCGACACGAAGGACAGUGCUGAGACGUCGAGGACCAUCCUCCACAAGUAGCACGUCAACCACAUCCGCCCCGUCUCCAACGCAGGUGAGUCCAAGGAUUUAUGCAUUCAGACGUCGUCGGCCAUUAGCUAACGUAAACGAAAUAGCGGACUCGGAAGAAUCGGGUUUUACUUCAAGAAGAGUUAGGUCUACUACCCCUGAUAGUAGAGAAGUAGAUGAAACAGAAGAUAGAGAAACUAGGGUUAGGGGUUUUAGAGGUAGGUUCCAAGCUUCAUCAACGACAGUCGAUGAUUCUGUCCCGGCAGCUGCGGCACCCGUAUCUCGAGGUCGCUUAAGACCGCAGAUCAAUGCAGCUGAGAUAGAAUCACUGACUCCGUUAGAUCCUGAACCACAGUUUGUUCCUAGACAAUUUAGUCCUAAAACGGAUAGGCGUUUCCGUAUUAGACCCGUUAGACCAAAUCAAAAUUCAUCAAGACCUCAAAAUGAUCAAGUUUCUGAUAGCGAGCCUGCUGCGGCUACGGAAGUUAGGCGUCCAAGUAUCUUACCGAGAGGACGUAGUCGUUUCACUCUUAAUGCGACCGCUGAAUCCGCUUCACAAGCACCUAUUGGUUCAAAUGUUGGACAGAGACGGCCAACGUUUGCUAGGUUUACUCCACGUCCUUUCACGAGACCAACAAAUGAUGAACCUGAACCGUCAUCCACUCAAAGAAUUGCAGCACGUUUACCUUUUGGAAGAACUAGAUCGACUGCUGCAGCGCCAGUGAUACAAGCAAGGAAGUUACCUUUCCCAUCACGACUAUCUACUACAACAACGACAUUACCAGAAGAGAGCGAGGAAGAACCCGAUAACAAAAACGAUGACAUUUCUUUAUCGGAAACUGCAAUCGAGGAAAAGGAACAUGAUGACGACGAGGACAUUAUAGAAGAUCAGAGGGUUAAUAUAGAAAAAAUCAAGCCUGAUUCUGAUAAUGAUGAAGUACCCACUGAAGCACCUGCGGAUGAUUUGGGCAGAAAGAAAUUUAGAGUGAUUAGACGAAGACCUUCUUCGACUACAUUUGCUGCUGAAAUUGAACCUGCUCCGACUUCACCUGCUCCUCAAAGAAUACGUAAGAUUAUUCGCAAAAAAAUAAAACCCGCUGAAGAUGAACCACAAAUCGUCGCAAAAUCUAUUGGCUCUCUUAAACUUAGCAAAGAUGGGAGUUCUGCGACGAUAUUCAAUUACGGUGAAAAAACUAAAAGUACGAUACCUUUGCCGUCUACCACUCUGCCGCCUACUACGCCAACUACGACAGAACAAGUAACUGAAAACAUAGAAGAUGUUACUGAAGUGCCAACUAUUGAAGCAAAAUUAGUUCCCGAGGCAGAAGAAGAAAAAGUGGAAAUUAUUCAGAGUUCCAAAAAAGAAACGUUAGAAGAGUCCGCGGUAGUUAGGGAAGAAGACGUGGUUAAAGAACAAGAAGAAAGUAAGAUACAAGAAGAAUCUAAAGAGCAAGAAGUGGCUAAAGUCCAAAAAGAAACUAAAGAGGAAAAGGAAAUUGAAAAGCAACAAGAAAAUACACCGCAAAAAGAAAGCGAGGAAGAAGAGGAAAAUGAAGAGCGAAAAGAAAACAACGAACAAGAAGAGACUGAACAACAGUCUGAAGUAGAUGAUAAUAAUAGGAGAAAUACUGAUGAGAACACUGCAGAAAAAGUCGUAGAACAAACAACAACCACCAAAACGGCUCUGGAAGCUAUAUUUGAGUCAGAAGUUGAUCAGCAAACGGAACAAAACGUCGAUAAUUCAGAAACUAAAAACAAAGAAAUAACGACAACAGAGACAUCUGAUACUGAAACCGGUGAUGAUCAAACAGAAACUACAACGGUGAGUACAACGCCUCUUACGUCGCCAACGCCCCGAACAAGGUUACCGUAUAGACCACAAAAGAGACUGUUUACUUCAACAACGCAAUCUUCAAUACCUUCUAGCAGCAGAACAUUUAGUCGCAAAUUUAAUCCUGGAGCAUACACGAGCCCAGCUACUGUUGAACGGGAGCCAUUUAAGCCUUCAUCGGCAAGAAGACCCUUCUCUUCUAAAAUAUUUACCAGAAAACCCUUCACACCCAGAACUACACCCAGACAAGAGGAAGAAGACGAGGAGUACAAUGACGAUGAAGAAUUGUUAGAGGAAGAACCCGAAAACCCAUUCGUUUUUGUUCCACAAACCCAACUGUUUACAAGAAAACCAGACGAUUUUGUCGAAAAUGAAGAAGAAAAUGAGGAAUCUGAAGAAUUGUUGGAUGAAGAGGAAGAUUUAUCUGAAGACGAUGAACCCCAGAAUAGAUUUACUUCUACAACAAGAAAACUGCCUUUCAAACCUAGAGUUGUUAAUUCAAACACUUUUAGAACAUCAACAUCUACGACCGAGAUACCUAGACGAUUCGGUACAUCUCAGAACAGAACCGGAAUAAUUACUAGAUUCAGCAGCAAUAAACCUGGUAAUGGUACGAAAAAACGUGUCCAAAAUGUACCUAAAGGAUAUAAUACUCCAGUAGCUGCAAGGCCUAAAAUAAGCGCACCUGCAUUAAAUGAGACUCAAAAUGAUAUAACGGAAAAGCCUAAAGAAAUCACUACAACUAAUACUCCGUUAACAGAAGGUAUUACGACACAAGACGAUGAUUAUCUUUCGAUGACUGAGGCAAUUACGACUAUGUCUGAUGAAACUAAACCAGGUUCAACGAACACAGUGCAGAGUGAAACAGUAACUAUGCAAAUGGAAAUCGAUACUAGACCAGAUGAUUACUUAGAAAACACAGAAGCUACUACGAAUCUACCGACUACGGAACUAUUAGAAACUAAUCCUCCGCUAGAAACUACAGUUAUACAAACUACACCAAGCACCACUACUACCAUACUAACAACACAAGCACCACCUGAAACUACUAUCACGACAACUCCAACUACCACCACAACUACUACCACCACCACUACUACUACUACCACAACUACGACUACCACUCCACCACCACCAAUUAUCAAAACUCAAUUCGACAAAUUGUUCUCUGUCAGUAGAGUCGUAGAAGUGUCAUCAAAGUUAGACAAACACCGCUUGAAUAAAAACAAUGAAACUACACUCAUUGAAGAAGGACCAAUUAAACUGGAAAAGAAACCAGUCGUUGAUAAAAUUGGUGAAGUCAGCAGGUUCAGUCUCAUUAAAAUAGUUGAGGAUGAAAUACCAAUAUAUUUAACGAAACUCGGGCACGUGUACCCAGUGGAUAAUCCUCCAGACAAUCCGAUUAGAAUUGACGAGGCUAGAAACGCUAGAGCGCUGAACUCUAAAACCUAUCCAGAGCUGCCGAAAGAAAAUUUAGUUGCUUCUGAAAGUAUAAACGAAGCUUAUAGACACGUUAAAGCUGUUUCUGAGCAUCACGUUACCAAAAACCAAGUUGAGCACAUUCCAGGCGAUGAUUUCUUGAGCUAUGUCAACCACGAUAAGAAAGAUAAAAUUCAAGAUGACCCAUUAUUUGCUCAGUGGCAGUUCAUACCUGCUGCAUACGAAACUGAGAAGGCUAAACAGAAUAGGAAAGCCAAAAGUUUUGAAAUAGUAACGCCGAGGUCUAUGCUUACAAAUCCAUCAACUUUACCUCUUGAAGGCCUUUUUAAAACCGAUCAUCCUAUAAUGGCUAGAAAGGCUAGCGAUCCAAACCAACCAUUCAUUGUAUACUCUGCAUCAGUACAAAAUGAAAAAGAAAAUUCAGAUAAUAUGCCACCAACUGUGGUAAAAUCUGAACCCAACCAUAACAUAGUAACAUUUGUAAAAGGCCAGGAAUUUAGUGGAGCACCAUCAUUCGAGGAAACUACUGUGAAAUAUCUUACUAGUAUAUUUCAAGCACCAACAACUGAAAGUACAACAACAACGACUACAACAACAGAAAGUACCAGUCCUUUAAUUGAAUUGUUGACAACACAGAGUACAGCAAAGCCUUCCACGUCUACGACAACAACAACCACAACAACUACAACAGAAGCUACCACAACAGAAAUAACUACAGAAGAAACUACAACAUUUAAACCGUCUCCUCUUGAUGCUAAAAGAAACAAAUUCGCUUUUCCAAAAAGGCCAUUAAUAAAACCAAAUUUGACCAGAACAGCAUCUGCACCACGCGUUGCAAAGAAAAACAACACAGUCUCAGCAAAUGUAACACAAAAAUCAAAUAAGACCUCGACAUUCAACUCGAAAUCUAGGUUUACAGGAAAUAGGGUGCAAAACGUCCCGGUCGAUGUUAGGAAAAAAAUAGGCAAUAUUAAAGCAACCACAAAAAGUUAUACCACAGAAGCACCCAAGACAACAACCGAGAGAAAAUCAUACUUCAAACAAUUAAGGCCGGGUUUUCAGAGGCCGACAUUCGUUCCCAGAAAGAUUACGCCCCCGCAAAGCAAUGGGGAUACUUAAUUCUCAUCCAGAUUAAACUGGAUAGUGAGCGGUACGAACCGGUUCCAACCGGUUUCUCUGGCCAUAAACAAUAAUGAAAUUUGUGAAGUAAAACACGAUUCUGGUGUCUGAAUAUUUUGUAAAUUAAGUAAGUUAUUAAUCAAAUGAGAUUUUAUUUUUUAAUGGCCGAACACACGUAUAUUAUAAAAUAAUCAUUUCUGUAGUCAUAUGUUACGUUUCAUAGCUUUAAUAUAGGUUUACAUGGAAGUUUUUUGUACCAAAAAAUGUAUAUUAUUAAUAUUUUAGUCUGUUUUGGUAUAGCAAAGGCUUCAUCCAACAAAUUGUCGUAGGUUAUCUAGUGUUAUAUUAUUUAAAAUUAUAUUAUGUAUUGUUACCAACAAAUGUAAAUAUAUGAGGUAGGUAAAGGAAUAUUUUGUAACGAAUGGAGUUUUGUAACAAAUGAUUAAAGGAUUGUAAUAAAGUAUUAGUGAUUA